UUCUGUACUCUAUUACGUUUGUUUACGUCGAUUAAGUUUAUGUCAUUUUCCUUGUCAUCGUCGUGAUAGAUUUCCAAAAAAUGGAAUUUCAUUUGUAUAAACAGUAAAUAAUUUUUCGACAUGCAUCAUGACAUAACACGCCUGUCAAAUCGCUAUGAAUAAAACAUCAAAUGUGCAGAUACGCACGUACUUUCGGCUGACAUAAUUUUUAGUUUAAAAAAAUGGCCCAUGUCAAUCAAGGUCAAGGAAUCAGGGAGGCUGUGGACUUUUUAACGAAGUUUCAUAAUAUUUCGAAUAAACUGAAAAAACGAUUUCUGAGGAAGCCGAACGUCGCAGAGGCAUGCGAUCAAUUUAGUGCCUUAGCUACUGAAUGUGAACAGAAGGAAUUGUGGCAAUAUGCAGGCUUAUGUUGGUUGGCAGCUGCUAGAUGCCAAGGCACAUUAGAAAAUACCUCCUCGGAAAUAAAUCUUCUAGUAAAAGCGGGAAGGCAAUUCCUUACAGCUGAGAAAAAAAAUAACGACAUAGAAUGUCCCUCCAUAGGCCAAGAGAACAUACAGGCAGCUGUGAGUUGCUUCGGCCAUUCAAUGGCUAGAUGUAGCAAUCAACCAGGAUUCAAUACAAUUUCUGCUGGUUUAUCAGUUGAAUUAGCAUUAGCGUUGGGUCCAGGUCCUGCUGGUAUCCAACAGUUGCGCAAAGCAAUUGAUAUCUUUCCUACGUCAAAAGCUAUCAAUACGUUAGUGUCUUUUCAUAUAAGACAGGGAGAUUAUGUAGCUGCGCUACAGAUACUCAAUGAAUUUGUAGAAUUUGUAGAAGCUUGUGUUGUGGCUGGUGCCAGAGGAAACUAUAAUGCUAUCCUACAUAGGUGCGAAGUGACGCGAGUACUUUUACUGCUCAUUCUUCAGCCGUCACCCCAAAGAUUGACACCAUCGCUUGCUCAGGUCCUCGAAAAGUAUGCUUGGGCAGAAGAAAAUGUAAACAACGGUCUUAAUAUGAGCGAGGAUGAAUUAUUAUUGCUACAAUCCUUGGUAUUAGCGUGCCAGUCUCAUGAUCAUCAAGCAGUCUUGGAACUCGAAAGCGAAUUAUAUCCUUACUUUGAUACAGAGCAAAAGGAAUUGUUGCAUAAAUUGAUACAAGUAGUAUCAACGCAGUAAAUAUAAAAUAAUGCUACGAAUUAUGCGCACAAUAUUUUUCUCCUGAUUAUCAUUUACCAGGGACAUUUUUCACGACUUUAUGUCGCGUCGCGUGAUCCACCGAAAUCGAAAACCAGGGCACAUUCCUUGAGGGACGAAUAAGGGAUGCCCUUCGGCCAGUUGUUUUUCUCUCAUUUCGUGCGAUUACGUUAUUAGUCGCCUCGAAACAGGUUCCUACGGUUAACGGCUAAACUGUUUCUCAAUCGAGACGCCAAAGAUGAGCAACGUGCUUUUAUUAAUUCAGUACGAUUGUGUUGUAAGCGAUGCAGUCGACGAAAGACAGUAGUGAGUUUGUCUCGCUUUUCGCGUUGAUCUCAAUCGUGGUAGCAAGAGUGCGACAUGAGAUGUGAAAGGAGAAGGAGGAGGAGAAGGAACUCUUUAGAUGAGGAUCGUAGAACGGGCGGUUGGAGUAGAACAAGACGAGGCUUGCAGGAAGGGCACAGUGUGCCGAUAUGGCAUCGUGAAGGAGGGGAUGUCUCGCGCGUCCCACGAUACAGUACCUUCGCUCUUCUGCAGUUACUAUUCAAGGCAGAGUCGCAGUUAGUGUCAGUCAUCGCGCGAAAGUGCCUCGCAGUCCUUCGGAUCGAAAUUGAUUGCGUCCUUCAUUGAAUUCUAUCUAGCACUUAGUCUUAAUCU